UGACAAGCGCAGAAAAACUUUUCAUCAACAGCCGCCAUAUUGGAUGAAUAAGGGGCUCAAAAUUUGAGGGGUUCUACGCCAAAAUUUGGCUUCUUUUUUCGUCCAAGUGGCACUUUUUGAGAUCAAUGGUGACCUUCUCUAUCCACGAUAGAAGUUUGGUAAGGGAUUGAAACGUAUUUCUGACCGGAUUGCAGUUCCCGACUGCUCCGUGCUCGGCAAUGCCUGUGCCUGGGUAGUCGCGGAGCGUAAAGUUUUGAUGGGGUAGUGCGAUGCCGUAGAACGCGAUCAUGAAGACUGUGUGCCUUUGCCAUGAAGAGGAAAAUCGAACUGUGCUGUCAUAUUUUUGCGUGUGUGAUGGACCAUCUGUUUUUCUAUCGGUGUGCUGGUAUGUCGAGGGCUUAAAUUCUUGAUAAUCUUCGCCGUUCUCGAGCGCAUAGGGCAUCAGUGGUUUAGGCUUAUCGACAUGGCUGACCAUCUUGUGGAUGGGCCGCCUAGUAAGCGGCAGAAGCUGUCAGAAACUGGCUUAUCGACGGAUAGUGCAGACUUUAGCCGUCUGUGGGACUUGGAGAAUGAGCUGCCGGAAGAACUUAUGGGCGGCGGCGGCGGUCUGGGGGAUCUGGGCCCCCCUGGCCAGACGCAGCAGAACGGCACUGCGUCUUCGUCAGAAGAUGCAGUGUCCACGACAGCAGCCACCAUAGGAGCAGGUCCCAGGCAGCACCAGCAGUUGUCUCAACUAUUGCAGAGCAAAUCGGUACCCAACCACGGCGUCGCCAGUCCGAAAGGGCUUGCCAAGCCACCACAGGCGGCUGUUCUGGUGAGUUCCAGUGGAGGCCCACCCAUUAUGAAUGGGCCUGCCAUGGCAGUAGGCAUGGGAGCUUCACGGGCAUCCAUGGCAGGACUUCUGGGAACUGCACCUCAUUCUCCACAUCAAGGGAUGAUGGGGCAGCCAAACCAGCAAGGUCUCAUGAAGGGCCCUGGAGGGAUGAACCAGGGAAAUGCUGGCUUUGGCGGCUAUGGGAACCAAAUGAUGAACCAGAUGGGCAACCUUGGCAGUCAACGGCCCAUGGCAUCCAAUCUUGGAGGGGCCAUGGGCAUUCCCCCUCGUUACCCAACUUCUAACGUUGAUUCUCAGCAGCUGCAGAAUAUUCACGGGAACCCUAGCUUUCUCGUCUCCGUCCUGCAGCAUGGACAACAGCCACAGCAACAACAGGCUCAGCAGCAGCAGCAGCAACAACAACAGCAACCACAGCAACAGCUAGUGUCACCUCAGCAGCAACAGCAGCACCCUGUCGCUUCACAGCAACAACCUGUGGUGGGCAGUGCGCAACAGCAGCAGCAGAAUCCUGCAACUGUACAGGGGGUAUCGCAGCAGCAGCAGCAGCCCCACUCCACAGGGGCCGGGCCCCCUCCUCCGCAAGCAACGGGGGCUCAGGGAGCCGUUGGCGGAGGAGCCCCUUCUACUGCCGAUCCCGAGAAGAGGAAAUUAAUCCAGCAACAAUUAGUACUUCUACUUCAUGCUCACAAGUGCCAGCGCAGAGAGUCACAAGCAGCCAAUGGAGAGAUCCGCCAGUGCUCUUUGCCCCACUGCCGAACGAUGAAGAAUGUGCUGAAUCACAUGACCAACUGCCAGGCGGGCAAGGCGUGUGCCGUGCCGCACUGUGCAUCCUCAAGGCAGAUAAUUUCUCACUGGAAAAACUGUACCCGUAACGACUGCCCGGUGUGCUUACCCCUGAAGCAGUACUCUGAUCGGAGACAGCAGCAAGCAGCCGGAGCAGCGGUACAACAGACCCAAGGAACAAAUCAAGGACCUGCUCCUGCUGACAUGCAGCGAGCAUAUGCAGCACUAGGUCUUCCUUACAAUGCAGCAGGUGGAACACCGGUUAACCAAGUUAUGAAUAGGCCACAAGGAGUUUCACCUCUGAACGACCUUCAAACCACAUCAGUAUCCCACUGCUCACCGCAAGACCUCCUAGCACAGAGCCCCGCCCCUCCUCAGGGAGCUCCGCCCCAGCAGCCACCCGGCUCUGCCCCAAUGCCCAGUCCCGUCCAACCCCCCCAGAGGACAUUAGGUCCUCCCACAGCAUCUCCUUCUCCAGGGGCUAUCGCUCAGCCUCCUUCGCCCUUUGUGGGUGGUCCAACCUCUCCUGCAGCUCUUACAGCGGCCAAGCUGAUGAAAGCUGUGCAGCAACAACAGCAGCAGCAGCAACAACAACAGCAACAGGGAGGGCAAGUGACAGCUCCACCCAAUCAGGUUGCCCCCUCGGCAGGAGGGGGUGUGGCCCAGCCCGCGGGUGUCGCAAAAGACUGGCAUCAGUCCGUGACGCGUGACCUGCGGCAUCACCUCGUGCUCAAAAUAGUGCAAGCCAUUUUUCCGACCCCGGAACCAGCCACUCUUCAGGACCGGAGAAUGAACAAUCUAGUCGCAUAUGCCCGGAUGGUGGAAGGAGACAUGUACGAAAUGGCCAACAGCCGGGAGGAGUAUUAUCACUUACUAGCAGAAAAGAUCUACAAAAUACAGAAAGAGCUGGAAGAGAAGAGGCUAAAACGGAAGGAGCAGAUGCAACUUCAGCAACAGCAGCAAAUGCAUGUUGGGGGCCCUCCCCCACCCAAUGCCUUGGCCCCACCUGGCCGGGGCCCUGCUCCUGGUGGUAUGCUUAAUGCCCAACUGCAGGCUGGUUCUGCGGGCCUGGGCAACCUUGGAGCGGGUCCUGUCCAGACGCAGGGAACUGGACAGCGUAUGGGCCCUCCCAACAUUACUGUUCCCGGUCCUGGGUUUCAGCCCAGCCCUCUCGGCAGUGGGCCUCCUUUUGGUUCUUCACUCCAACAGCAGCAGCAGGCAGGGUCGUUUCCUGGUGCAAGUGGCCUUGCCAACGCAUUAGAUGGUGGCAUGAACUCCCUCAACAGCCAAUUCCCCACUGGUCAGCAACAGGCACAAACUGCUCAGCAGCAGCAGUUUGAGGCCAUGAAGAGGCAUCUUGCAAUAAAACAACAAGCUCAGCAGUUGAUGAACCAGGCGAGUCAAGCACAGUUAACAGGGACGACGAAUACGGGACCUGCAAUGCAGAUGGCACAGAUGCUACAACAGCAGCAGCAACCUCAACUGGGUGGUCAACAACAGAACAUUGGAAUACAACAACAGAUGUCCCUCCACAAUGCAGGAAUGAUCCCGCAAUCGACUACUCCCCAACCAACUCCUCCCAGCAUGCAGCAGCCCCCUCGUGCAGCCUCUGUACCCACGACGGGGUCCCUGGGGGGCUCCUCGCAACCUCCAACACCCCUUGGGGGAUCGACAAGUGUGCCUAUCGGUGGCACGCAACUUCCUCCACCCUCACAUCAAUUGCCAGAUCAGAUCCUGGCAACGGAGGACGUCCCAGAGGAUGUUAAACCUGAAGUGUCCAUAAAAGAAGAGAUGCUGGAAACACCCGAUGGAAGUGGGGGGACACCUGGUGGCAAAAAGCUGCUAGAGGGACUCGAUAGCAGCGGGGGAUCCAAAAGCAACCUUGACAUGAAGAUGGAAGUAGAAACAAAGCCUGAAGUGCGGUCGAUAGGCAAAGGGAAAGAGAGCUGUGGGAAACAGGAGCCAGGGGAGAAUGGUCUGCCGCACUUCGACACGUCCGGUGUGAAACAAGAACCUGUGUCAGUGAAGACUGAGCCUCAGGAAGGACCCCCCGCAAAUGGUGGUGGCGACAUCCAGAGGCCCAUCAAAUCGGAGCCUGACCUCACUCCUACUGAACCUGAGGAGCCUCCUAAGCAUCGGCCCAACAAGAAAAUAUUCAAGCCAGAUGAAUUAAGGCAGGCGCUGAUGCCCACUUUGGAGAAGCUCUACCGCCAAGAUCCACAUUCACUUCCAUUUCGUCAGCCUGUGGACCCGCAACUUUUGCAGAUCCCUGACUACUUUGACAUUGUAAAGAAACCAAUGGACUUGUCCACUAUCAAGAGGAAACUAGAUACUGGCCAGUACCAAGACCCAUGGCAGUACGUGGACGAUGUGUGGCUAAUGUUUGAUAAUGCCUGGCUGUACAACCGCAAGACCUCUAGGGUCUACCGGUAUUGCACCAAGCUGUCGGAAGAAUUCGAGCAGGAGAUUGAUCCCGUGAUGCAGUCGCUCGGAUAUUGCUGUGGCCGGAAGUUCGUGUUUCAGCCGCAAACCCUAUGCUGUUACGGCAAGCAGCUCUGCACAAUCCCUAGGGAUGCCAAGUACUGGAGCUACCAGAAUAGGUACACCUACUGUCAGAAAUGCUUUGCUGAAAUCCCUGGUGACACUGUUACCUUGGGUGAUGACCCCACACAGCCACAGACGUUCCUCGAUUGCAGAACCAUUCGAAAGGACCAAUUCGUCGAGAUGAAAAACGACCACCUUGAGAUGGAACCGUUCGUAGAAUGUCUAGACUGUGGCCGUAAAGUGCAUCAAGUCUGCGUGCUUCACUUCGACCAGAUAUGGCCAGAAGGUUACACCUGUGAUAACUGCCUCAAGCAGAAGGGCAAGAAGCGGAAGGAGAACAAGUUCACUGCGAAACGGUUACCAAUGUGCAAAUUGGGCAACUAUAUUGAGAACAGAGUCAACACCUACCUCCGCAAAAAGGACACCGGUGCAGGGGAGGUCUUCAUUCGCGUGGUUUCUUGCACAGAGAAACUGGUCGAAGUGAAACCUGGCAUGAAGAACCGAUACGUCGACACGGGCCAUUGGCCGGAACAGUUUCCGUAUCGUGCCAAAGCUCUAUUUGCGUUUGAGGAAAUAGAUGGCACCGAUACGUGCUUUUUCGGCAUGCAUGUGCAAGAGUACGGCUCUGACUGCCACCCUCCCAACACCAGGCGUGUCUACAUUGCCUACCUGGACAGUGUACAUUUCUUUAGGCCAAAGCAGUACAGGACGCAAGUGUACCACGAGAUCCUGCUCGGAUAUCUAGACUAUGUAAAACAAUUAGGCUUCGCCAUGGCCCACAUCUGGGCUUGUCCACCCAGCGAAGGAGACGACUAUAUCUUCCACUGCCACCCACCCGAGCAAAAGAUUCCAAAGCCCAAGCGCCUGCAGGACUGGUACAAGAUGAUGCUUGACAAGGGAAUCAUCGAGAGGAUUGUCCUGGAGUACAAGGACAUCCUAAAGCAGGCAACUGAGGACAACCUUCAGAGUCCGAGCGAACUUCCUUACUUUGAGGGGGAUUUCUGGCCCAACGUGCUGGAAGAAAGCAUCAAAGAGCUGGACCAAGAAGAGGAAGAAAGAAGAAAAGCCGCAGAAGCAUCCGCCGCUGCUGCAUGUGCCUCCGAAGCCAGCCAGGAUGGAGAACCAGAAUGCGGCGAGGUGGGUGCCUUUCUGGGUGACCUGAAGGGUCAGAAGUCCGGCCGUAACAAGAAGGCGAACAAGAGCAAAAGCAAUCAGAGGAAGAACAACAAGAAGUCCUCCGUACCUCACACUGGCAACGAUCUCUCUGCGAAAAUCUACUCCACCAUGGAAAAGCACAAAGAGGUGUUUUUUGUCAUCCGGCUACACUCUGCUCAAGCAGCUGUGAGUUUGCCUCACAUUCAAGACCCUGAUCCGAUGAUGCCCUGCGACCUGAUGGAUGGUCGGGACGCCUUCCUCACCCUGGCUCGUGAGAAGCACUACGAGUUCUCAUCGCUCCGACGGGCAAAGUUCUCGAGCAUGGCCAUGCUGUACGAGCUGCACAACCAGGGCCAGGACCGCUUCGUCUACACGUGCAACCAAUGCAAGACUCACGUCGAGACACGCUACCACUGCACUGUCUGCGACGAUUUCGACCUCUGCGUUGGCUGCUACGACCGGGAGGGCCACCCACACAAGAUGGAGAAGCUGGGCUUCGACCUGGAUGACGGCUCGGCCGCUGCGGACCAGAAGCAGACCAACCCGCAAGAAUCGCGCCGCCUCUCGAUUCAGCGCUGCAUACAGUCGCUGGUCCACGCGUGCCAGUGCCGAGAUGCCAACUGUCGCCUGCCCAGCUGUCAGAAGAUGAAGAGGGUCGUGACGCACGCAAAGGGCUGCAAACGAAAGACCAAUGCAGGAUGUCCGAUCUGCAAGCAGCUUAUUGCCUUGUGCUGCUACCAUGCCAAACACUGCCAGGAGGCCAAGUGUCCCGUGCCGUUCUGUCUGAACAUCAAACACAAGCUGCGCCAACAGCAGCUGCAGCAGAGGCUACAGCAGGCGCAGAUACUCAAGAGGCGUAUUGCAAGUAUGGCCACAAUGCAGAACAGGGGUGGCAAUGUGCCAGCCCUGCCAGCACCGGCAAGUGUGCCACCACCCAGCGCUCCGUCGCCCGGUGGGAAGAAUGUGCCAGGCAUGGUGGGCGGGGGAGGUGGUCCACCUGCGGGGGCGUUACAAGCGGUUCAACAAGUGCAGGCAGCGGUCGCGAGGCAGCAGGCUCCGCAUCUGACUGCUGCCACGGGCUACGGGAAAGGUGGGGCAGUUGGUGGCGGAAAGCCUGGUGCGGGGCUCAGGAUGGUCGCAAUGCGAUGGGAAGGGGCGCCGCCAUACAGCCAACCCCAGCCCCCUCAGCAGCCCCUGGGGCCUCCGCAGAUGCGCCAGCAGCAGAUGGUGGGGGCCACGUCGCCAAUGGGGCCCCCAAAUGUGCAACCUCGUCCGAACCAGAUGACACCCGCACUGCAGCAGCUCAUCCAAACGCUCAAGUCACCCGCGUCACCGCAGCAGCAGCAACAGGUGUUGCACAUCCUCAAGUCGAACCCGCAGUUGAUGGCGGCAUUCAUAAAACAGAGAAGCCAACACCAGCAACAGCAGCAGCAUCAGCAGCAACAACAGAUGUUGAUGAGCCAGCAACAGCAGCAGGCUCCUCCUCCUACGCCGCAGCAGCUGCAGCAACAGCAGCAGCAGCAGCAGCAGCAACAGUGGCAACUGCAGAGGCAACAGCAACUUAUGAUGCAGAGGCAGCAGGGCCAGUUUGCGCAGCAGGGAGGCAGUGGGACACCCGGUGCACCUCCUCACUAUCAGCGACCACGGCAUUUCUACCAGGGCGGCCCCGUGCAGGGUGGGGCUGACCAGUACGCGCAGUUCGGUGGCCUCAAGCAGAGCCCACUCAGCCCACAGCAACUCAUGCAACAAGUGCGGUCUCCACCCCCGGGGCAGUUGGUGCGGUCUCCGCAGCCCUCUCCCCGUUCUAUCCCAUCACCCCGUCAGCAGCCCAUCCCCUCGCCACAUUACCCCACGCAGACGCAUUCGCCUCACUUAGGACUGGUAGAUGCAGGUGGUGCGGACAUGAUGUUGCCACAGGGCAUCGGGGGUCCCAGCCCACCCCACCAGGAUCUCGGUGGUGCCGUGGGCGGUGCGGGGCCCCUAGUUCCACCUCCCCAAGUACAGCCUUCUGAGGACUCUGCCCUCCUAACGCCCCAGGAGCAGCUCAACAAAUUUGUGGAAAACUUGUAGCGUGCCGUGCGCGCAAGAACUGUAAGUGUACUAUUUAAAAGAGAAACUGUGCCGCCAGGUUGGGUGCAACAGGGCACUGCUAUUGCCUUUUGUACGGGCCCAGGAUUCUUUUUUUUUUUUUUUCUUCCCGCAUCCGGUUCUUCCGUUUGCUCGUUUCUGUGUACAGUUCUCGUCAUUUUAAUCUGCCGGUGCACCGGCUGCCCGUCUCUUCUCCCCUCCCCCCUGCGCUCUCAUUGUUGCAUUGUAAAUUCAUCUCUUCUGCUCCCCCCCUUCUUUUUUAAAAGUGGACGAAUGAACAUUUCUACGAUGGUUUCGCUCAUCAUGGUUGCCCGAUCUAAGUUAAGGAUGCCAGUCUUCCUCCCCCUUCACCUUUGAUGAAAUGUGGCAAACGCAGCCGUCCCGCUACUUGGCGGGAGUUGGGCCAGGUCAAAGGCAGAAGAAAAGAGAAAAAAAAUCUAGCAUAAGAUCACCCAUUAUCACAAUUUCAUUUAGAGGCUCUGACUACUACAAACCUCAAUGCGAAAGCACCGCAUAUUUAUUAACAGAGUUUGGUGCCUGCGCCUUCUGAUUGUUUUCUCCGCUCGUCGACCGAAGUUGAUGAGAUUGCAGCAGAUAGUUUUUUUUCUUUAUUUUUGUUUGAGAAGAUUGAUCGCAUCCCAAAGUUUGCAAGGGAGCAACAAAAGAACGUUUCUUUUGAGAGAAAUUAGGAAGUACAUACCAUCGAAUCAUUCAGGUUAGGAAAUCGUGUGAUAGAGUUAUUGGUGACAGGAAGGAGGAGGUUGACAGCAUCCGGAGGAAAAGAGGACAAUGAAGAUCUCUGGGCAUUGUUCCAGGGGGUCAUUUCUUCUUGGAGGGAAGGGUGGCGGUGUGAAGAAAAAUCGCUACCUGCCCAUUGUUUGUACAUUCAUUCCCUAGGGUCACUGUACGGUUGAGUGACAUCUGCAUUGUACAUAUUGUACACAUUUCAUGUCUACCAACUGGAAUAAAAUUAGGUACGUUAAUA